AUGAGAGGAAGAGGAAGAGGAAGGACGAAGGAGAUUUCACUUGAAAGCGAAGCUAGUUCCACAGUAGGAAAAGGACAUGGAAGCGGUAGACAGUUGAGGCUUGGUACUUCUAGCAGCGAAUUCUCUAGAGUUGAACAGCAAGAUGAUAAAAAGCAUGAAAGAAUCGGAAAAUUGGUGUGUAGACCAAACCAUGGGGAAUUGGGUGAACGUAUUAAGUUAAUGGUCAAUUUCAAGCUCUUGAAAAUACCUGCUUCUUUACAAAUUUAUUGCUAUCAUGUGGAUGUUCUGAAAAUUACGAAGAAGGACAGAAUUGUAGUGGAAAACAGAGAUAUCUGUCGCGAAAUAUUUUGGAAAAUCAUUUCGAAUAAUGAAGAAAUAUUUGGCACAGGAUAUUCUCUAGUAUAUGAUGACUGCCAUACACUCUAUUCUCUUAACAAGUUAAAGAUUGGGAAGUCAACGUUGGAACUUCAAUUAUUCAUUGAAACAAAACCUGGUUUGAAACCGCCUAAUGUAUCCUUCUUGGUUCAUAUAUCAAUCACUAAUUACUUUACGGUCAGUACCGAUGAGCAGUUACCAAAUUUCCGGUUAAGUAUGCAGUUUUUAGAUUGUUUGGUCACUCAACGAGUGCGCUGCCCUUAUAUGAGUAUGGCUUCGAGUUUUUAUGCAUUUGAUCAAUAUAUGUAUAUGAAACCAUGUGAAAGCGUCCCCAGUGGCAUUCUAGAUAUGGGUCCUGGAAUGGAAGCCUGGACUGGACUAUAUAGCGCUGUAAAACGCUGUGAAAAAGGACUCAUGCUAAAUGUAGACGUAUCUACAAAAGUAUUUUAUAAAGUCGACAUGUGGUUAAUUGAUUUCUAUUUGGCAGUCUUAAAUGAAUUUGUGGGUCGAAGAAGGCCGUAUGAUAUCGAUAGUAUAACAAGAGAAACGUUUGCAUUGUCUGUUAAUCAAAGACAGCAAUUGAAGGAUGCAAUGAAAGGUCUAACACUGAAAUUGACGUAUGAUAACAGACAUGUCAAAUUUAUUGAUGUUGGACAACCUGCACGAAUACAAAGAUUUCAAAUAAAACGGAACGAUGAUUCUAUUGAGGAAUUGACUAUCGAGGAGUAUUUCAAUCGCUAUAAAAAUAUACACUUGAAAUUCCCGAACCUUCCGGUAUUACACUGUGGCACCUUAACAAGGAAGGAUUACUUUCCGAUGGAGCUUUUACGGCUAUCUGACAAAGUGCAGCGGGUGAAAAAACGUCUGACUCCUUUUCAGAUUGCGAAACUGAUCAGAGGUACGGCACUGAGUCCUUUGGAGAGAUUUAAAAAAAUUGAUUGGUUUCUAAAGGGAAUGAGGAUAUCAACCGAUGAUGAGUUCAUUGAGCAGUUUGGAAUAAAUUUUCCAUUAGUCAAUGGUGGAGUCCCGGAAUCAAUUGGAAUCUUUGGACGAGUUUUGCCGUCACCUGCGAUCAAAUUUAAGACAAUUGAAUUGCCAGCUACGAAUGGUUUUUGGCAUUUAAGAGAUGGUUUCUUUCAAACCUCUAGUGAUGUUUAUUUCGCUGUUGUAUUCGUUGAUCAAGCAAUUAACAUUCAAAAUUUUCGGGAACCAUUUAAUACUUUAAUUGAUGCCUGCAAACUCUUUGGUAUGAAAUUUGCGAAGGAAAAUUUUGGAGCAAACACUGUUGAGAUAUAUAAUUGGGAUACACGCAGAGAAGAACCUGACGUUUAUGUGCGCAGUUUUAAAAAAGUGUGUAAGGAAAUAGGAAAAAAAACGGUAAAGCCACUGAUGAUCUUCAUUACUCCGGUGAAGAACGAUGACACGUAUGGACGAAUAAAAGUGAUAUGUGAUAAAGAGGAGGGUGUAGCGUGUCAAGUAAUUCUUGCCGAAACAUUUCUCAAAAUGCGUGGAAAUCCAGAGCAUAAUGCUGUGUCUCACAAUAUUUGUUUGAAAAUAAACGUCAAAUUGGAUGGCAUUAACAACGAAGUGGCGAGAAGCCAGAAUUACUGGAAAAAAUUUACUGAUAGAAAAGCUCCAACGCUGUUUAUGGGUAUUGAUGUCACGCAUCCACCUUCAGGUGAUUCUUCGGCCCCGUCAAUUGCUGCCAUUAUUGGAUCAUUAAAUAUUAAUGCAACGAGGUAUGCAGCAUCUUUAAAAAUUCAACAACCAAAAAUGGAAGUGGUAACAUACACGGUGGAUGCAUUCCGAACACGUAUUAUGGACUUUGGCGCUCAAGCAGGUUGUAAACCGGAACAUAUAGUACUAUUUCGUGAUGGUGUCGCGGACUCUCAAUUCUUAGACGUCAUGAACGAUGAAUUAUUGUGUUUGAAAACAGCUAUACAUCAGCUAGAUCAGCUAUACCAUCCAACAGUUUCUUAUGUUGUAGUGCAAAAAAGGCAUCACACUCGUUUCAUUGAACAAGAUAUGAAAAGAGACAAAGGAAAUAUACCACCAGGAACGGUCGUUGAUAGCACGAUAACAAGUCCAUUGCGAUUUGACUUCUAUCUUUGCUCACAUCGUGGUGCUGUUGGAACAUCAAGGCCAUCUCACUACAUCGUUCUCUAUGAUUCAUGGAAUUUAUCUGCAGAUGAUUGGCAACAAAUGAUUUAUGCUUUAUGCCAUGUAUAUGCACGAUGCAAUAAGUCGGUUUCAAUACCAGCACCUGUUUAUUAUGCCCAUUUAGCUUGCGAUCGAGCGAAGCGUCUUUUAAAAUAUACACGAAUGGAUGAAGCAUUAAGAAAUGAACCUAAUAUCCGUAUUCUUGAACAAAGUUUUGCGCUUAAUCCAGAUACUCCGAACAUGUAUUUUAUAUAA